CCCCCGGGAUAAAGCUAGGGCUUGAGGUGGGAUACGCGCCUAGAACUCAACUUAUAAGUUGUUAAUUCUCUAGAAGGAAUUAUUAAUUUUUAACAUAAUCUGAGGCAGUGGGUCGUUACGUCAGCAGCAAGAGUGGCAGAUAGAAGCGAGGAGGAUAAAAUUAUAUUAGUGGCAAGGAUGAGGGGAUGAUGUAUCAUAUAUCGCUUUUGCAGUCUUCCAUGUCACACACAAUAAACUGUUGGUGUCCCAAACAACAAAGCCUGUGUUUUAGACUACUAUUCUUUCUUGAUCACCUGACACUUCGUGGCGCGCGCAAUAUGCACGUGCUCAUGUUACGUACGUACACGUGCAAAUUUGAAUCCAUCAUCCGAGCUGCAGGCUAGCUAGGUACUGUACUAUAUGGGCAGAGCUCAGAGCGAGUAUAGUCUAUUGUCCUUCGACGACGCAGCUGCUUUGAGUGAAAUCACACUCGGCCUAGAAUUCCUUGAUUCAACGAAAUCUUGACAGACUUAUUAGCAAGAAUAUCUUUGAUUAUGGCAGAACAACCUCCAUCAAAGAGAAUGAAAGCCACACCAGGAAAGCAGCUGAAUGAAGGCAAGACAAAGAUCAUCUAUGAGCUGCCAAACUAUGAAGUUCUUCUUCAAUCUAAAGACAGGAUUUCUGCCCACAAUGCACAGCGUGUUAAUGAUCUGGCGGGAAAGGCCGCAAUCUCAAAUGCCACCGCUGCAAAAGUGUUUGAAUUCCUCAACUUGAUUGGUAUCAAGACCCACUUCAUGAGGCAGGAGUCUGAGACAGCAUUUGUUGGUCGUCGAUGUGAAAUGAUUCCAAUUGAAUGGGUUACAAGGCGUGUGGCUACUGGUUCCUUCCUCAAACGCAACCCGGGGGUUAAUGAGGGGUACCGUUUUGCACCCCCUAAGCUAGAGUAUUUCUAUAAGGAUGAUGCUGCUGGUGAUCCAGAGUGGUCGUAUGCACAGCUGAUUGAAGCUAAGAUGACCCAUGGAGGUCGUCUUAUUGGAGCUCAUGAGGUUGAUAUCAUGGGUCGUAUGACAGUCGCAAUCUUUGAAGUCUUAGAGAAGGCCUGGGCAGCACUGGACUGUACUCUCAUCGAUAUGAAAAUAGAGUUUGGCGUAGAUGCAGAGACAGGUGAGAUCUUACUUGCUGACAUCAUUGACAGUGAUUCAUGGCGUCUAUGGCCGGCUGGAGAUAAACGACUGAUGGUGGACAAACAGGUUUACCGUGAUCUGAAAGAGGUCACCGACGACGCACUCCAGCAGGUCAAGAGGAACUUUGAAUGGGUCUCAAAGAAACUCAAUGACUUCAUUCCUAACCCUAAGGCCCAGGUUGUGGUCAUGAUGGGAUCAGCCAGUGACCUACCUCAUGGAGAGAAGAUCAAGAAUGAAUGCACUUCCUUUGGCAUUCAUUGUGACCUCCGUGUGACCUCAGCACACAAGGGCACAGAGGAGACCCUCAACAUCCUCAAGUACUACGAAUCCCUUGGUAUCCCUGCUGUAUUCAUCGCUGUGGCCGGAAGGAGUAACGGCUUGGGACCGGUUCUAUCAGGGAAUGCCACCUUCCCUGUCAUCAACUGUCCACCUGUGAAGGCUGACUGGGGGGCACAGGACAUCUGGUCAUCUCUUCGCUUGCCAUCAGGACUUGGCUGUACUACCACCCUGUCACCAGAGGGUGCAGCUUGGCAGGCUGCACAAAUCCUGGGUAUGACCAAUCAUGUCGUUUGGGGACGUAUCCGUGCUCGUCAACUUAAUACGUGGAUCGGACUAAAGGAAUCAGACAAGAAACUCCAAGAUUCUCUUGCGUAAAAUUGUUUCUAUUUUGUUUGUUUCAUAUGAAGUACUAUUUUCUCUUAAAAUCAAGGAAUAAGUAAAAAUGUUUAUUUUUAUUGCACAUUGCAGCUUUCCAAGAGUUGAUAAUUAUAAGUACUACAGAAAUCUCUUUGCACAGGGCACUUGCCCAUUCAUAUUCAUCCAUGUGAUUGAUUAUCAGAUCUCUUCUUUGUUAUAAUUGUUUUUAAAAGCCAGGAGGCUUUUUUUUAUGCACUCUUUCCAUAUUUUGUUUAAUGCACAAUCAUUUCAUUGUUUAUGUCCUAAAAUAGGAUCAAUUUGUGGAUAUAUCUUCAACCAAUUCAACUGCCACAGAGAUUUAUAAUCUCUUCACCUUUGCAAUCAAGUCUUGCAUUAUUUCUGAUUUGUUAUUUAAACCUCGCACUUUGGUAAAUGCUAUAUAUCGAUCUUGUUAUAUUUCUAAGAUGCUAGCUUUCUUUUUCUCAACAUAAGUGAUGAUUAAAAAAUCCAUCGCUCGUUUUGGUUCCUGUUGAUUGAAUUUUACUGUAAUUCAUGAAUUUUCUUUAGAAGAACAAUUAUUAUGAAUAUAUUAUGGCAUAAACAGCAUUGUGGUUUGUACAUUAGAUUUUGAGGUAAGUUUAUUUGCACAUAUCUUAGGAAUAUAGUUCAUAUCCAGCUAGCAUUCUAGUCCACAAAAAGAAAGAGCCUAUGGAUAUCUAUAUGUACAUGUAAUCAUUUCCCCACUCAGUAUUCUCUUUUAUGUAAUCUCAAACUAAAAAUGAUUUUUAAGUCCUUUUAACACAUUACAAGAAUACAAUUGAAUAAUAAUUUUUAUUGAAUGUAUCCAAUGGAAUAGAUUUUGCUAUUAAAAGCUAUUUUGAUGGAUUCAAUUAAUUCUGGUAUAUUUUUUCACAAAUUUUCCAUUUUGCAGAUAACAUUUAGACUAUUUGGCAACUAUUUGGUACUAUUCUCUUUAUUAUGCUUUAUGUGUGUGCUUUAUGUCUGGAUGGGCAGGAUGAUACAUGUAUACUGAACUAUUGUUUUCAAUUUUGUAUUUGGCCUAUUGAAUUGGUCUGGUAAAAAAAUCUUAUUGUUGUACUGAUGUAGAAAGAAAUUUCUACUGUGGUUUUAUUGUUCUGAAAAUAUGCAAAUAUACCAGUAAAAAAAGCUUCUGGUUUUGUAUUUUGAAACCACAAUCGAGACGAGGCUGAAUAAGUGAAGAAUUUUUAAUACACCUGGAAUCUGAAAUGAUGUAUGAACUAUUGUAUUUCUGACGUCUAGGCAUAUUAAGCUAGAACAAACUCUGAUCUAAACUCUUCAUAUGCAUUCCUUAUUAGCAUCAGUUUGAUACUAUUUCUUUUGGUCAGUUUGUUGGGGAACUGGUUUUGAUUGUAAUAUUUUUCAUAAAAUGGAUGUAGCUUACAAUUAUAAAUAAGUUCAUAUUUACAAGAAGUUUUGUUCAGCAAAGCCCCCUUUCUGUCAGCGAUAUUUGUAUAAAAUAUGAAUUUUGUAUACUAUCCAUUUGUAUGUCACAUCAAGAAUCUUUUAAAAGAGGAUCAUAACAAGGGACAAAGUCCUUCUUCACCCAUUGAAUUUACAAAUAUAUGUUUACUGAAAUAUUCCACAAUGAAAGUGUUGCUUUAUUCCUGCAAUCAUGGAUACAGAAAGAGUAACGAAAAAAUGGUGGAAAAUAUCUGUGUUUUGUGGGAGAUAUUUUGUGUAGAACUUUUGUUUAUAAAAUAAAACCAGUCUGUCUUGAGCACAAA